AUGGCACUGGACGACAGUGAGGCGCAGAAGCAAAUCCAGCAGAUGGUAAAUUUCAUCCUUAAUGAAGCAAAGGAUAAGGCACACGAAAUUGAGGCCAAAGCAUUGGAAGAUUUCAAUAUAGAAAAAUUACGAAUUGUGCAAAAAAUGAAAGAAAAAAUAAGAGUAGAAUUUCAGAAGAAGUCUAAACAAAUGGAAAUAAAAAGAUCUAUUAGUCGCUCAUCUGCUAUUAACAAAGCAAGGUUAAAGAAAAUGUGUGCAAAGGAUCAAGUUUUUAAAGAAAUAUAUAAAAUAAGUAGUGAACGAUUAGGAGAAUUAUAUAAAGACAAGGAAAAGUACAAAAAUUUAAUAAUAGAUUUAAUUGUUCAAUCUUUAUAUUAUAUGCAAGAACCACAUGUUAUUGUUCGCUGUAGAGAUAUUGACAAGACGAUUGUUGAAAAUUGCUUAAAUGAUGCCAUUCAUAAAUAUAAUGAUAAUUUAAAAAAGCAAUUCAAUGUUACUAAGAAUGUUAAAAUUGAAAUAGAUAAAUCAGGUAAUUAUUUACCUCCUCCACCUUCAAAUGAAAAUGAAGGAAAUUCAUGCCUCGGAGGAAUCAUACUUACAACUCCUAAUAGAAAAAUCAAUUGUGAUAACACAUUAGAUGUCCGUCUCAAGCUUGCCAUUGAAUAUUGCACGCCAGAAAUAAAACGAAUGUUUUUUGAAACGCUUUAA